AUGGCCGCGUCCACCCUGUCCGUCUGCUCCAACGACCUGAGCUAUGGCAGCCACACCUGCCUCCCUGGGACCUGUGACUCUUGCACCAGCUCCUCCUGGCAGGUGGAUGACUGUCCAGAGAGCUGCUGUGAGCCCUCCUGCUGUGCCCCAAGCUGUUGCCAGCCCUCCUGCUGUGUCCCCAGCUGCUGCCAGCCCACCUGCUGUGUCCCCAGCUGCUGCCAGCCCACCUGCUGUGUUCCCAGCUGCUGCCAGCCCACCUGCUGUGUCCCCGGCUGCUGCCAGCCCUCCUGCUGCCAACCCUCCUGCUGCAUCUCUGCCCCCUGCCAGCAGGCCUGCUGUGUGUCUGUUAGCUGCAAGCCUGUGUGCUGCACUCCUGUCUGCUGCAAGCCUGUCUGCUGCACCUCUGUCUGCUGCAAGCCUGUGUGCUGCAAACCUGUCUGCUGCACCUCUGUCUGCUGCAAGCCUGUCUGCUGCAAGCCUGUCUGCUGCACCUCUGCCUGCUGCAAACCCUCCUCCUGCGUGUCCCUCAUUUGCCGCCCCGUGUGCAGGCCCGCCUGCUGCGUGCCCAUCUCCUCCUGCUGUGCCCCCUCCUCCUCCUGCCAGCCCAGCUGCUGCGGACCCUCCUCCUGCAUGUCCCUGCUCUGCAGCCCCGCGUGCUCCCGCCCGGCCUGCUGUGUCCCCACCUCGGCCCAGAAGUCCUGCUGCUGA